AUGCGACAGCGCAUGGGACAGUCAGCCUCAACAGCGGCGGCCGUCUUGAACCAUCAAAGGCCGCUCUUUGCCAGUGUGCGUACGAGUCAUGUGUCGCACCUCCGCAAACCGUUGUCUUGGAACCGUUUCAACGUCGAAUUUAGCCGAAGCGGCGCGUUCUCACCUUGGUCCAAGCCCAAUACAUUUUUGCAGCACCGGUUUCUCUCUGGCAAGCCCCUUCCUCAGGUGAAUUCCUGGGUGCUCAACUUCUGUUACAGGGCCGGCGCUUGGCUCGGUAUAUCGAUAACGGUUCUUGGACUGGGGAUUGUCGGCUUCUUUCUCUACGAUGCCUCGACAUACAAACAAGAUGGGCAGCAGAGCGAUAUCAAUGUCUCGGAGCUUGCGCUCCAGCCUCGAAGAGGAGGGCCGAACAAACUUCCAAUAGCUGAAGUGUUUAUAGACGACGACGAUUGCGAUGCAAAGAGGCGGAUUAAAGACAAGCCGAAACUUGUCAUUUUAGGCGGCGGAUGGGGAGGCGUUGCAUUGCUGAAAAAUUUGAAUCCCGACGACUACCAUGUAACGGUCAUUUCUCCUGCCAAUUAUUUCCUCUUCACACCGAUGCUACCUUCAGCAACAGUUGGGACUUUGGAGUUUAGAUCUCUCGUCGAACCCAUUCGUCGAAUACUGAACAGAGUUCACGGGCAUUUCAUCAGGGCCAAAGCCGAAGACGUGCAUUUUUCGGAGAAACUUGUCGAAGUGUCCCAGCUGGACAAUCGGGGCAAAGAAGUUCGGUUUUAUGUCCCAUAUGAUAAGUUGGUGAUUGCGGUGGGCUCUGUGACGAACCCCCACGGUGUCAAGGGACUCGAAAACGCCUUCUUUCUGAAGGAUAUAAAUGACGCAAGAAAAAUCCGAAAUCAAGUGAUUCGCAAUCUCGAGGUGGCUUGCUUGCCAACUAUUUCGGAUGAGGAGCGCAAGAGGUUGUUGUCUUUCGUCGUCAGCGGGGGUGGGCCUACUGGCGUCGAAUUUGCUGCCGAAAUUUUCGAUCUUCUAAACGAAGAUUUGACCAGACACUUUCCUCGACUACUGAGAAACGAGAUUUCUGUGCAUCUUAUUCAAAGUCGAAGUCAUAUUCUCAACACCUACGACGAGACGGUCUCCAAGUAUGCAGAGGAGCGCUUUGCCAGGGAUCAGAUCGAAGUCCUCACUAAUUCGAGGGUAAAGGAAGUUUGUCACGACAAGAUCAUCUUUACCCAGAAGCAAGAAGAUGGGAGGCUUCUGACCAAAGAACUGCCAGCCGGAUUUGUCCUUUGGUCUACCGGGGUUUCGCAGACAGUGCUCUGCCAGAGAUUAGCUCAGAAGUUAGGGAGCUGUCAGACCAACCGCCAUGCGUUGGAAACGGAUACAUAUCUGAGGUUGAAUGGAACACCUUUGGGCGAUGUUUACGCCAUUGGCGACUGCUCCACUGUUCAAAAUAAUGUCGCUGAUCACAUCAUUACAUUCCUUCGGGCAUUAGCAUGGAAGCAUGGCAAAGACCCCGAAACACUGCAACUGGGCUUCAAGGAUUGGCGUCAAGUCGCCCAUGAUGUGAAGAAGCGCUUUCCCCAGUCAGUCAGUCACUUAAAACGACUCGACAAGCUCUUUGCUGAGUUUGACAAAGAUCAGUCUGGAACCCUGGAUUUCGGGGAGUUGAGAGAGCUAUUGAACCAAAUUGAUAGUAAGCUGACAUCUCUACCUGCAACUGCCCAAAGAGCGCACCAACAAGGCUAUUACUUGGCACAAAAACUCAACAAGCUGGCACACCUAUCCGAUGGGCUGUCAGCAAAUGACAUUCGCGACGGCGACCUUGACGCCGCGGCCUACAAGGCCUUUGAGUACCACCACCUUGGUAGCCUUGCAUACAUUGGCAAUUCCGCUGUGUUCGAUCUUGGGGAAGGUUGGAGUAUAGCCGGCGGGCUGUGGGCAGUGUAUGCAUGGAGGUCCGUGUACUUUGCCCAGAGUGUGAGUUUUCGUACACGUUGUUUGAUGGCAAUGGAUUGGGCAAAGCGAGGCUUGUUCGGAAGAGAUCUCAUGAGUUUUGGAUAA